UGCGCCGGAAGCAGCAGCAGCAGCAGCAGAAGAAGAAGAAGAAGAAGAAGAAGAAGAAGAAGAAGAAGAAGAAGAAGAAGAGACGAGGAGCGUCACGGUUAGUCUGACAGCCGAUCAGCCAAAGAUCAAUAACUGAAGGAUCGGACAUGUUCUCGGUGCGAUGAUGUCAUCCUAACGUGUCCCGACUUGUCCUCGGCGGCGUGAUGACGUCAGCGCCGCAGCUUCCGGCAGAGCUGUGGUUGCAGGUGUUCAGCUUCCUGUCGUGGCGGGACAAGUUGAGCGUGCGCCUCACCUGUUCGACCUUCAGACACCUGCUGGACAGGUCCCGCCCCCUGUGGCGCGGCUUCAGCGUGGUGCUGCGGCGCUUCUCGCGCUACAACCGUCCAUUCUGGCGCAGCCUGGCUCAGAGGCACGUGGGCAGCGCGGCAGUGCGGGCAGGUAAAAGGAAACACCUGAAGCAGCUGAACACCUGGCUGCCCGCACUCGAGGCGCUGCGAUUGGACGACUGUCAGGACGGGGCCGUGGACGAGCUGCAGCUGUUCCAGUGGCUGCGGCAUCUGUCCUUCACUUCCUGUUCAGCGCCGCUGAAGAAUGUGGACUUCCUGUACCCUCUGAGUCAGCGGCUGCUGCGGCUCAGCCUCUGCAACGUGGCGCUCACCUGUCCCGCCCCUCACCUGCUGGCCGCCAUCACUCAGCUGAAGCGCCUCACCUCGCUGCUGCUGCACCACGACGGAAGCCUGAGAGUCCCGACGCUGAGGGGCGUCUUGUCGCACCUGGCGGAGCUCAGACACCUGUCUUGGACCAUGAUCACCUACCGGACGCUGCCACAGGACUUCUUUAGCCCCGCCCCCCCUACAGGUCUUGGCGGUCUGCAGCUGUCUGACCUCCAGCUGUUGGACUACGACGCAGGUGUGACGCAGGAAGUCCUGCAGCCUUUGUCCCACCUCCUCAGCCUGUCAGUCUUCCACCUAUACUCUGUACCUGGACCCACCUGUCACCUGAGAACCUGGCUGACGACCCUGACGCAUCUCCAGAGCCUCAGCGUGCAUGGAGGACAUCCUCUGGCGGUGUACGUGGACCUCCUGCCGUCCUCCCUCCUCAGUCUGACUCUCUGUGUAGACAUGCAGCCUGAAGACUUGCACGCCGUCUCACACAGAGCUCCUCACCUGGAACACCUGCACCUGGAGCCCUGGAGCUCCUCCUCCAACCUGGUGGGACUCCUCCCACAGCUGUUCCCUAACCUUAGGACACUCCGGAUCAGACACCAGCACCUGUCAGACGAGGACUUCCUGCAGCUGGCGCAGCUGCAGCGUCUCGACACUCUCGAGGUUCUCGACUCGUUCUACAGACCAGACCCGGCUGACCCGAGCUGGGUCGUCUACGAGCCGAGUUCCCGUCUGCUGCGGCUGAUCGACGACCUGCAGAAACUGACCAAUCACAGAGUCCGAGUCCUCACCGGGUCAUGUAGAGAUCCGCUCUCCUGCGACUGCGUCUGACAAAUCAGAGACUGUUUGAGCUGCGGGGGGCGGGGUCAGGUCUCAAUCCAAAGAUAUUUUAAAUAUUUAAAUUAAAUUAAAUUAUUGAACUAAAUGUGCCUUUCUGAUCCGAAUCAAUGAAGCUCUAGUAAAGCGUAGAAGAGGCAAAAAAAUGUAAAUCUUUUUCUCAAACAGUUUGAAUGCUCCUCUCCGCUUGAGCUGUGACGUCAUCCACUCUAGCUGUGACAUCAUCCACUCAACUUCAACGAACAUGUCAUUACCACACACAAACGUGCACAGCAAAGGCUUUAUGUCAUCCGCAAACUGAAAUCACUGUCUGUGACUCCUCUUACUCCUCUACAAAAGCAUCAUCCAACCCAUUCUGACGUACUGCUCCCCCUGCUUCUUCACCCUGCUUACUGUCACCAGCAAAAACAGACUCCUCAAAAUCCCACACACAGCAUCUAAACUAAUCAACCUCCCCACCCCCAGCCUGUCAGAAACAAAUGAUCAAGCUAUUACACGCCUGGCACGUGUCAUAGUCAGCAACCCGGACCACCCCCUAAACCAAUUCUUCACUCUUCUCCCAUCUGGCCGCAGAUAUAGGGUACUGGACUGCAAAAAGGCCCACUUCAAAAAAAGUUUUGUCCCCACAGCCAUCAUAGCACUCAAUAAGAAUAUGUAGAUUCCACUGGCAUCACUGUAUAUUGUCCAUGUCAUGUUUGUGCUGGUCUAGAUGUUUUUCUGUGGUGAGAGGUUUGUGGUGAGGUUUGUCAUCUGUCAUGGGAGGGGUCAUGAAUGGGUGUCAUGUUUGCUGCUGUAUAUGUUCUUAUAUGUUCGCUGUGAUAUAUGUGGGAAGAGGGGUUAUCUGUUAUAUGUUGUACAUGUGGGAAGAGGGGGUAUUUGGUAUCUGUCUGCUACACAGUGUUGCCACACUGUGCUGUGCACUUUUCUUUUCAAUGUAUGCUGUCCUGAUAAAAACCUGACUGUGUGAGAACAAUUAUGCCUUUGGGGACAAUAAAGAACCUAACUAACUAA